AUGGUUCCUAGGCAAUUCAAAUGCUACUAUCAAAAUGUAAGAGGGCUUCGUACGAAGUCUCACAAUUUCCUUUCUCAAUUACUGUUAUGCGAUUAUGACUUCAUAUGCCUAACAGAGACAUGGCUAACAGCCGAUUAUUUUGACCGUGAAUACUUUGAUAAAAGAUACGAUGUUUACCGUAGUGAUAGGUAUGCCUUGGCGAGUGGUGCGGGGCGGGGCGGCGGCGUUGCGAUCGCAGUGGACUCCUCGCUGCAGUCGCGGAAGCGCCCUUGGCCUGACGCUGACGAGCCGCACGCCGGCGCCGACGCGCUCUGGGUGUCUAUACCUUUAAGUAGAUCCCAUGUACCUACUGACUGCACGUAUCUGAAUAUUGGGUGUGUUUAUAUUCCUCAAGGCACCGGUUACCGUACCGUUUUGGAAGGUUAUUUGUACUUAACUGAAAAGUUAAUAAACGACCACCCUAAAGAUUUGUUUAUUUUAAUGGGCGAUUUUAAUAUUUCCCAUUCAGUUUGGACGGAUUGUUUUUGCCGCGCGCGAUGUCGAAAUAUCUCACGACAUAGUUCUUAA